UCCACUUCCGCAAGAAAGAUUCUGUUACAACAUCCGCUCUUUCGCUGUUUCCUUACAACGGCUAGUACAAUUAAAUAGCUUUUAUCAUGAAAAUAUUAUUAAUACCUACUUAAAUAUCCGAUAAGAUAUGAAUGUUUUGCCCUGAAAACGAUCACCAUGGCGAGGAUUGGAGACAUCAUUCAUCUUAACGUCGGGGGCAAAAGGUUCAGUACCUCCAGACAGACUCUAACGUGGGUUCCUGACUCCUUUUUCUCAAGUUUAUUGAGUGGACGGAUAUCAACACUUAAAGAUGAGACUGGAGCGAUUUUCAUAGACAGAGAUCCGUCUCUGUUUGCUCCCAUUCUGAACUUUCUGCGCACUAAAGAGCUUCACCCCAGGUCCAUAGAUGUCCACUUAUUAAUGCACGAGGCUGAGUUCUAUGGGAUCACGCCGCUGGUGCGGAAGCUGCAGUUGUGCGAUGAGUUGGAUCGCUCCUCCUGCGGGAACGUGUUGUUCAAUGGAUACCUGCCGCCUCCAGUGUACCCAGUGAAGCGCAGAAACAGGCACAGCGUGGCAGGACCGCAGUACAUGGGUGGCCGCGCGGGGCCGGUGGAAAGAGCCCCUGUGAGGAGGAGUAACACAAUGCCGCCCAACCUGGGCAACGCUGGCAUACUGGGCCGAGCUGUCAUUGAGGAGAGAGUGCCAGGUCCGGUCUCUGAUCCAGGCAUGGUCCGAAUCAUAUGUGGUCAUCAUAACUGGAUUGCUGUGGCGUAUGCCCAGUUUGUGGUCUGUUACAGGGUUAAAGAGUCUACUGGAUGGCAGCAGGUCUUUACCAGCCCUCGGCUGGACUGGGUGAUUGACCGGGUGGCUCUUAAUGCCAAGGUCAUGGGCGGCUCGCUAGGGGACAACGAUAAGAUGGUUGCUGUGGCAUCGGGCACAGAAAUCAUACUGUGGGCAAUCUGUCCUGAUGGCAAUGGCAGUGAAAUUGGCGUGUUCAGUCUGAAUGUGCCGGUCGAGGCUUUGUUCUUCGUAGGAAAUCAGCUCAUUGCCACGAGCCACACGGGCAAAGUGGGAGUGUGGAACGCCGUCACCAAACACUGGCAGAACCAGGAUGUUGUUCCCAUCAACAGUUAUGACACAGCCGGAUCUUUCCUCAUUUUGGGAUGUAAUAAUGGAUCUAUUUACUACAUAGACGUCCAGAAGUUUCCGUUGCGGAUGAAGGAUAAUGAUUUGUUGGUGACUGAGCUGUAUCGAGAUCCCAGUGAAGAUGCUAUUACUGCUCUGAGUGUCUACCUGACGCCCAAAACAAGUGACAGUGGGAACUGGAUUGAGAUCGCGUACGGCACCAGUUCAGGCACAGUGCGUGUCAUAGUGCAGCAUCCAGAGACGGUGGGAUCCGGUCCACAGCUCUUCCAGACCUUCUCUGUCCACCGUAGCCCUGUUACCAAGAUCAUGCUGUCUGAGAAACAUCUCAUCUCUGUGUGUGCAGACAACAAUCAUGUCCGUACCUGGACGGUGACACGUUUCCGAGGCAUGAUCUCCACUCAGCCUGGCUCCACCCCACUUACUUCCUUUAAGAUCCUCUCAUUGGACGAUAUUGACGGCCAUGGAGGCUGUGCUGCUGGCACUGAAAUAGGCCCAUAUGGGGAGCGUGACGAGCAGCAGGUGUUUAUCCAGCGUGUGGUUCCUGACACUGAUAAACUCUACGUAAGGCUCUCCUCCAAUGGGAAGAGGGUAUGUGAGGUGCGCUCAGUGGACGGGACAUCCAUUACAUCGUUUGUGGUGCAUGAGUGUGAGGGAUCCAGCCGCAUCGGCUCUAGGCCCCGCCGGUACCUCUUCAGCGGACACAGCAAUGGCAGCAUCCAAAUGUGGGACCUCACGACAGCGAUGGAGAUCGCUGGGAAAGUGGAUAUCAAAGCUCUCGGCGGUCCAACUGAAGAGGAGCUGCUGGAGCUUCUGGACCAGUGUGAUCUGGCACUGACCCGAACACCAGACAUGAGUCCUGCCGCCUCUCUCACACACUCGUCUCGCAACUCUAUGUGCAGUCUUCAGUCUCAGUUAAGUGAAAGCACUCGAGCUGCCGCUGGUUUCCGGGGCCCGGUUCCUCCCUCUGGUAGUCUGCCUCGUCAGGCGCCUUUGGUUCCCCUCAGUAAACCCCGCGAUCUGCCGCCACACCUCGGCCUCAGCCAGUCCUCUCUCGCCAGCAGCGGCAGCAAUAGCCCGCACCCCGGCUGGGCGCCUCUGGAGCGUGAGAAGGACCGGGACGGCCUCGGAGCCAUUCGGAGAGGCAGCUUUGUGGAGCGCUGUCAGGAGAGAGCCAAGUGCUCGGACACGGGUGGCCUGGACGCAGGGAGGCGGAGUUUAGCUGUGUGCAGUGAGCUUGAGGCUCGACUCGGCCUCAGAAUCCCAUCGUCAUUCUCCGCCCUGCAAGCGCCAUGUUUGUCAACACCAUCAUCAUCAUCAUCAUCAUCAGCUGCAUCAUCCAUGAGAAGACCAGCACCUGCAGCACCAAACACCUCUCCUUCACCGCUCAGUCCAGCCAGAUCGCAAACACCCACGUCUCCAAGACGACCCCUCACCUCUCCGACCAGUGAGACCCCGUCCAAUGAGAAUGUAGCUGGACAAGAAAGCCCCGCCUCUCCAUCUUCCACCAGCCCCAAACCUCAUAUGAAUGAAACCAGCUUCUGAGAUGAAAUUCAGCAAGAAAACAUUUUGAUUGAAUGUUGUAGCCAGCAACAAAUUCUGAAUAUAUCAAUAAAUAUAUAUAUAUAUACACACACACAUACAUACAUAUGUAUAAUUAUAUAAAAAUAGUGAUGUCAAGCGAUUAAUCGCAUCCAAAAUAAGUUUGUUUUUACAUAAUAUGUGUGUGUGUACUGUGUAUAUGUAUAUAUAAAUACACACACAUGUAUUUAACAAAAAUAUAUUUAUAUAUAAAAUAUUUACAUAUAAAUAUACAUGUAUACAUGUAAAUAUUUAAAUAAAUACAUGUUUGUGUGUGUAUUUAUAUAUACAUAAUAAAUAUACACAGUACACACAUAUUAAGUAAACACAAACUUUUAUUUUGGAUGCGAUUAAUUGUUUGACAGCACUAAUAUAUAUAUAUAUAUUAGUUUUCUAUAUCAAAAUUUACAAAAUGUAUUUCUUCUUUUAGAGCAGUGUUCUCAGUAUCACAGGGUGCCUUAUAAUAUUGAAUGUGGAGAAUAUGUAUAUCGCAUGUAAAUGAGGAAAAAAUUCACAUUCCAUGGGAAAAAAAAAAGACGUACUUUCCAUUGUGACACUUUUGGGUCAUAUUAAAGUGGAGGCAGGUUUGUUUUAUCAUGUUAUGCAAAAAUGGACUGGCUUUAAAGCUGAAGUGUGUAUUUUGCAUGAUAAUAUACUUAUCAAGUAUAAUAUGUGAAGACAACUAACAGUGGCUGAAAAGUCGGUACACUGGCUCUGCUGGCGUCAAAACAUUGAUCCAGCAACACUGGCUCAACCAAUCGAGCGAGUUUGGGGCGGGACUGUGUGUUUAGCCAACCAAUGGCAGAGGAGGGGUGUGUCUAGGUGGCCUCAUUGAAUUAUUGAUUACUUUAUCAGUUCCAUCUGGUGAUGUUGCUGGCACAGACGUUACACACUUCACCUUCUUGAGGCUUUGUUGUUUAGUACGUCACACUGGUUAGUUGUGCACUGGUUAAUAUUACUGCAUGAACUUUCAGAAUGCAAAUAUGUGAACAUUGUUCAGAUUAACAGGGUUAUGCAAUUAGUGCUCGACUGCUAUUUUUUAAUAGUCAAUGCGGAUACUGAAAUAUAUAUAUAUAUAUAUAAUGGUAGCAAAUAAGAUGUACCAAACAUAGAUGAAUUUAAAUGAAUACUUAUUUGAUGCAAUACUUACUCAAAAUUCACUUAAAAUAUUUGUAAACAAAAAAGUCCCAUUGGUCAAAUUUGGAGCAGACGCUAUUAUCGUCUAAUGAUGAUAAUCAUAAAAUAUCAAACAAUUGGAUUAUGUGUGAAAAAAGCAGUUCUUCUAAAAAUUGAAUUUAUUUGAAAAUGUAAAAAUAAAAAAAGACAUUUGUAUAUGUCAGUAACUAACAAAACCAUUUGUAAUCCAGCUUGAGAAAAACAGUGAGAUAAAGAGGACAGUAAUAGUGUAAGUAAUGCUUGAAUUCUUGCUGGCAGUGAAUGAGCAGCUCUUGUUACACGCAACACGAUGUAUAUAUAAUCAGCAAACAUUCAAUGCAAUUUCUGUGAAUCCAACACAGACUCCAGUUCAGUUGUCAGUGUGUUACACCUAAAAGAGGUCAUUGUGGGUAAAUGUGGACAGUCUUCACUGCUGUAGGAGGAUCGGUGUGCCUUCGAAAUGAGCUGUUACUGUAGUAAAAACAUCAGUUACACCUUAAAGUCGGCUUGAAUUUGAUUGUGGCCGUAUAUGAAGAACCCCAAACCAUGCAGAAAGCUGCAGUCCUGUACUUCUGAAUGUUCAGUGUUCAUAUCAUCAGCUUCUUUGUUAAACACCUCACACCCUGUUUAUGAUAAUGCUUGAAAAUUUGUUAUCUAUAGUUAUGUUAUAGUUAUUAUCCCUUAAUGUAAACCAAAAUGUUUUGGUGAUGAUUGUAAUGACACUCGGAACGAAUCUUGUGUUUAACAUGAACCAUUUGAUAAGUUAUAAUUGCUUUUUUUUUUUUUUUUUAACUGUAUUCCUUCUAGAACACUGAAUAAAACUUUUUUUUUUU